AUGAAAACCCAGGGCCAGACACAUAUUUCUCAAAGGCCUGCUGAAAUCAGAAUCCCCUCCUUCUCAAAGAAAGGCACAGGAGGCUUAGCAUCCCAGGUCAGACAUGUUAAUGCUACCUUACUCACGACCUCACUUAUUUUUUAUUUUUUUAUUUUUUAUUUUUUUAUUUGGGGGGGGGGGGGGGGGGGGGGGAGUAGAUCAGCUUUAAUAUUGCAGAUAGAUUGUGGCUUCCAUCAAUGUAAUUGUCCGCAUCAUUUCCAAUCCCCAAUUUUAAAUAUGUUUUCCUUUAUUAUUUUCCCCUAACCCUACCACCCCUCCACUCCCCUAAUUGGAGUAAACCAAUGGACAACAACACUUCUACUUCCAGCUUAUACAUACUAUAUACAUUUUACAUACACAGUAUAUUUUACAAUAGUUAUCUUUUGUUUGUUUUUAGUCCCAUCCUUCAGCUACCCUCAACACCUCCCAUCUAUCUCUGAACACCAUCCAGUUUUGAUUUCUAUUUACCAUAUAUUUUCAACUGUGCUGUGAUCUUUCACAAAAAUUCUCAACCUUUCUAUUCUCAUAGUUUCUACAGAUUGUAAAAUAAAGAUACACAUUUUUGCUAGGAUUAAUAUGUUAUUCAUGGAUUGACUAUUACUUUUUUAAUCACCCAGCGGUGCUAUUUGCAGAGUUAGCUCCAGGUAAAUGUUGCAAUUCCUCAGCCACUCCUGAACCUGUGACCAAAAACAAGCUACAUAUGGGCAGUACCAAAACAAAUGAUCUAAUGAUUCAAUCUUUUCGCAGCAAAAUCUUUUGCCAACUAUUUUGCAAUAUAUAUGGCCUCAAUCUCUUUGUUUUCAUCAGUGGAAUCAUCAGGUAUUUUUUACUGAAAUGUAUUCUCAAACGUUACCCAUUAUGGGGAUCAACCCAAGUGUUCUUAGGAUCUCAGACCCAAUGAGACUUGUUGUAUGUGAACUCUCUAAAUCCUUGAUCUGCCACCAAACCUACACUUUACUACUGCUGCAUCUCCCCUUUCCACUAGGCUGCCAGGGUUUCCUGUAACCCUCAGAGAGGUAUCCCAGGACCCUAUGACCUGCAGUCCUCUCUGAUUCACAAGCACAGCUUUGGGAACCUUCCGACCGCCAGUCGCUGUGCAACUUGA